UACACUAUCCAGCUGUCGAAUAGCGUCGGUAGAAUUGGAUUAUCUGUCACAGUUUUGGAAUUAUCCAGUUUAUGCGUUUUGCUUGGGUCCAUAUACGUAUAUGAACCCCGCCCUUGAGGGAUUAAUAUUAUUAAUUAAUUAAUAUUAUUAAAGUGGCAGAACCAGAUGAGUCUAAUGGGGUCGUUCAAGUAUUAUAUCCGGAGAUUAUUUUCAAGUUUGAAAGAGUUGGACUGAUCUUGCAAGAUGAAGAAAGUGAUUGUUGAUUGCGACGCGGGGUACGACGAUGCGGCAGCUCUGGUGCUAUUGAUUGCGGCACAUAAACAGAAGCAAUUGGAGAUAAAAGCUGUUUCGUGUGUCAAUGGGAAUACAAAACUGGAUCAUGUCGUGAGGAAUGUCUUCAGGACACUUGAGGCUUGUAACGCACUUGAUAUUCCAGUGUACAAAGGAGCACAUUCCGCUCUAAUUGCAGUAGAGACAUCAAAAAAAGCUGAGGAAGUUCGUUAUCACGGACAUGAUGGCUUCGGGGAUGUUUUCACGGACGAUCCGGACAUCAGUAAACUCCAGCCUGACCAUGCAGUUGUCGCUAUACAUAAAAUAAUAACUGAAAAUCCCAAUGAAAUUUCUCUGGUUUGUUUGGGUCCCCUAACGAAUAUCGCCCUUGCAAUUAAAAUGUACCCUGAAAUUCUCGAUAUUAUCAAGGAUUUUUACAUCAUGGGAGGCAACUCAACAGCUGUAGGAAAUGCCUCCUCCCAGGCUGAAUUCAAUUUCUACGCAGAUUGUGAGAGUGUACAUAUCGUUCUAGGGAGCAAUAUCAAACCCCUGUGGCUACUUCCAUGGGAAACAUGUAUUAAAUCUACAAUAACACACCACUGGAGAGACAAUAUUCUCGGGAAGCAGUCCACCAAAGCGGUUGAAUUGAUAAACAAAGUGGAAGGGGGAAUCUACUCAAAAAAGAUGAAGAAAGAGUUCUACAGACCCUGUGACGCCUUCGUAGCAGCUAUUGUCUUAAAUCCUGAUUUAGUGACUAAGAAAACGGAUUAUCACGCGGACAUCGAGCUCAGGGGCACGAGGACCAGGGGCCAAGUGGUGUUGGAUCACCUUCAAGACAACGAGCCGAAUGUUCACAUGAUCGAGGAGAUCGACUUUCGGAAAUAUGAGAAGAUGAUGUUUUCUGCCUUUACAUUUUCAUUCUGAAUUCAUUCUUUUAUUUAUCUCUGGCAUAAGUGGGUUCAGAGGACGAUAUUAAGAGACAUUUUUUUCAGCUAGAAAAAUUCUCCCCAAGAAAGUUUUCUGUAUUUUCGCCUGAUUUAGCAGAAUAGUUCAAAGGAAGAUUUUUAGCAAAUUUGGAGCUUGCCUGAUUUUUUUAGUGCUGGAUACGCAAAUUGGAGUCAAACUAUUGUACACGUAUUUUUUUAUUUUGAUAAGUAAUGAGAGAUUAAUGAGUUGGAGCCAAUUAUCACAACAUAAUACAAUUCUUUCUCAUGAUUUUUUGGAGUGAAAAAAUACGUAUCUGAUAAUUUCAUUAAAUUUUUUGUAUUUUGCUUUAUUCAAUAGAUAAGAUUUACGACAAAUUCAAACAUCCCAAACGGAUGAAUUGAAUAUUUUCCGGGGAUUAUUUCGCAAAUAUCCUUGACAUAAUUAGAAUUAUGAAAAAAUGUCAAAAAACAUUUUCUGCAGUUCAUGGAAUAGGGAAAUUAAUUAAAAAAUUAAUUUACAAAUCGAUGGUUUUCAACGCCAAUUUUUUCGUUAAUGACGUCACAAGGUCAACGUCACAAGUAAAAAAUUAUCUGAAAGAUGACAUUUAGGUGUCUUUUUAGAAGAUAAUGCGUGAUUAGGUGCAGCACUCAACUCACCUUGUGACGUCAUUAGGCAUUCCAGAGCGUUUGAAAACCUUGAAGUUUUGAUAAUUUAUAAUAUAAUAAUUUUCUUUAACGAGCUACUUUUAGCACUUUUGUGCAUGCAAAAUCAUUCAUUUAGGGUCUCAACUUAAAGGUAAAAAAAUAUUUAAAAAUCAUGCAAGCUCCCUAUUCUCCAGAAAAAAAACUUCGACUUUUUUUUCUAGACGUUUUGCGUUCUAAAAUAUUGUCACAAUAAUUUAUAGAUCCGGUUUUGAAGACGAGAUUUUCAUGAAAUUUUUUUAUUGGAAAACUUCUUUUCUCUGAACCCAACGUUUAACAAAUUGAUCAACAAUUUUUUGUACUUCCUGGUGAUCAUAGUUUUAUUGCACUUGCAUUAAGCACUGACAAUAAAAUACUUCAUCAUAAUUACCAUAAUUAUCGUUUUAAAUAUUUUCAAAUCUUAAUUCUAAGCACUGUACAUGAGGAAUCGACUCCAUAAAAUCAUAAACGCGAAUUUCUUCAACUAAAUUCCAAUUCUGUUUCAAUUUGAUGUCUGAAUUCGUUGAAAAUACAGUUGAAUACGGUCAAGGGAA